UUUUCGUUUCAUCUACGUGGACGUUUCUGCUCCCAUAGCUAAGGUCACCGGAAAGAGAUUCAUCGACGAAAGUCACUGUCAGUCCAAGAUUAUUGGCAUCUAAGUUGAAGUGAACACUCUGAUUUAAUUACGAACAGGGUUUUUUGGCUGAAAAACAUGACUAAAGCUCAAAUGGCUGCGAAAACACCUGCUGCAAAGGCACCUGCUGCAACUCCACCUGUACAAUCUGCCAUAAAAAGGAGGACAAGGAGCAAGCGGUACAUGAAUCGUGCUCAGCAGUUCAAGAUUAAGAAUGCGCAAGUGAAGGAACAGACAGAAGCAAUGUUGGCAGCUGGAAGAAAUAAAAUCAAAGUCAGUGGAUUACCAAGAUUUUAUGUUAUAAAUGACCCUUUGCUGCAAAGCUUCCUGAAGACAGUGAGAGAUGAUUUAAAGCUGAAUGUUGUUCACACAAGGUUUUCAAAGAAAGGUAAUGCAUGGCUCUACUUAUCAUUCGCAACAGAAGAAGAACAAGUUGCUGCUCUGGAAAAACUGAAGAGGUUCACCUGGCAAGGUAGAACUUUAAUCAGCACUUUGGUGACUACCGAUGAACUGAAGAAAGAAGAUGAUGAUGAGGCUAGUGCUUCCAAGAAAAUAAAAAUUGAAAUUCCCCUUGAGGAGCAAGUUUUAAUGUCUCAAAUUCCAUUUUACAGCAUUGACUAUGAAGAGCAGUUGAGUAAGAAGCACGAGGAAGCUCACAGCCUCCUAGCAAGAGUCCGAGACCUAAUGGUGCGACAAGGUCAUGCCAAAGAAUGGUGUGAUAAGCGCUGCAAAGAAUUGGAAAGUGAUAUUCCGUUCGCUUUGGAAAAAAUACGACCCUGCCCAAUGAUCAAUGAAUAUCGCAAUAAAUUUGACUUCGUCAUCGGCUAUAAACCACACUUAGAGACGUAUGGCGUCGGUGUGAGAGUGAAGGAUGCAGAGGACGGUACUCUUCAGGUCGGCCCUAUCGAUGAAUUACGCAAUUUACCGAAGCCCAUGAUUCAGCUCGCCAAGAUAUUUGAUGGGUACAUCAACAAGGAUAAUCAUCAGCAUUGGUUAUGCUUUACUGUUCGAAAGAAUUCUCUCGAUGAGUAUAUGGUCAUCGCAGGUGCGACAAACAUUCCUAAAACCACAAAAACGAGAGGAAAACCUGUUGUGAAGCAAGAACCUGCAGAACCAGCCAAGCCUUUUGACCCUGUUCUCCUUGAGCAAAUGAAACAGGAUGUGACUGGAUUAUUCAAGAACGUGAACUUCUGCAAACUGAAGUCAAUUUAUUUGGAAACUGAAAGAGGACGGUCCAAGAGUGAUCAUGAUCUUCAUCACUUGUGGGGUGAAACCCAAAUUAAAGAGAAACUUGGAGAUUUAGAAAUUGCGAUAUCCCCAUCGACUUUCUUCCGACAAAAUAGUUCCGGUACGGAGGUUUUGUGCUCUGUUGUUGAAGAACUUGCUGACCUAACCAGCGAAACAACCUUGCUGGAUUUAUUCUGUGGCUCUGGCAGCUUAUCCUUGACUCUUGCAAAGAAAUGCAAGCAUGUCAUUGGCGUUGAAGUUUUGGAGUCCAACUUAGAAGAUGCCAAGAAGAAUGCUGAACUGAAUGGAAUAAAAAAUUGUGAAUUCAUUGCUGGGAAAAUUGAAGAUGAAAUUGAAAAGAUUUUAAGUAACCUACAAGAUAAAGAAGUUGUUGUUGUCCUGGAUCCUCCUCGAAGCGGCAUUCAUGCUCGAAUUGUACAUGCCCUGCGAAACUUCGCUUUCUGCAAGCGAUUUGUGUACGUUUGCUCGAACCACAAAUUACCCUUCAGAAAUCUUUUGGAUCUAAGUUCGGUCAUUACGGAGCCCAAACCAAAGAACAAAGCAUUUGAUACUGAUCCUUUCCUGCCCGUCAAAGUGGUACCUGUUGAUAUGACUCCUCACUCGCUUCGCUCUGAAUUGGUGAUACAGUGUGAUCGCCAGCCAAAAGAUCAGUUUAAAAGCAUUGAGGAACCUAAGAGCACCCCUGCAACUGAAACAACAAAAGUGGCUGCAAAGAAACCAAAUCAGCAGCAGCAAAAGAAGAAGGUUGCUUCGCCCGAGAAGAAGUUUAUUCCUAACAGAAACAGCCUUAGGGGAGUUGGUGGAAUUAGAGGAGUACGCGGAAUGAGGGGAAUGCGAGGAAUGGUUGGCAUGCCAAGAGGCAGCAUGGCAAUGCGUGGAGGUCCCCCCUUCAAUAGUGCCCCAUAUCCUGUUCCACCUAGAGCUCCUAACCCAGGCCCACCUCGUGCCAACUUUGAAAGACCUGCGAUGAACAGUGCUAUGUAUUUGGAUUCUAUCAGAGAUAUUGAAAGAAGAGCAUAUGAAGAAGGCCUUGUCAAGGGGCUAGAAAGGAGUGCCUAUCAAAUGGGGUUAGCUCAAGGCAUGAACAAACCUGCUGACAAAUACAUGGAUUGGGAAAGUCCUGCUGAAAGACGCCAACUGGAAUUGAGCAGGGGUGAUUCCUGGAGCAGUCCACCAAACCCAAGGGGUUGGGACAGAGAAGCGGGAGGCAGUAAAUGGAACUCAAGUUCAGCCUCUAGUGAUCGAUUCAGAGACCCGGCUCCAAGCCCAUGGAGCUCUGAUUACGCUCAAAACAGUUCUGGUUUUGGAAGUUCAUCCUCAGGAUUCUACCCAGAGCGAGCUGCGGCAAGAAGCUGGGGCAGCUCCACUCCCAGUGACUUUGGUUUCUCUAGAAAUGCCAGUUCUUCAGCCAUGAAAGUCUGGGAUACAGCCCCAAGCACGAAGAAUUCCUUCGGAGACUCUUUCGGAGGCAGUCCUUGGUCUAAGACUUCUAGUUUCUCAUCCAGUCCAUUCAAUGGAGAAGCCAGAAGGAGUGCAGGAUUCAACUCUAGUAUGAACAGCUCUUUUGGCGCCGCACGGAACACGAGAGGCGGAAGUAAUGUCAGGGGAAACAAGCCAAGAGGAGGCACAGGCGGCAACUUUAGAGGUAACAAAAGAGGCCGAGGAAAAUUCUAAUCGGUUCAAAAUGUAUUGUAAUUUUACUCUCUCAUGAAUCUAUUGUAUUACACUCUCUGUUGCAAAAUGAACUCAGUUAUCAGGAGGUAGAGAGACAAAGAAAACAAUCUAUUUUCUCUCAUUGGUUGAUUUAUAUUUCGCAAAUAGCCAUCUUUUUCCCUCCUUUUUUUAUCCGUAGGACUUGAAGCAGUUCUGAACAAUCACUGAGUAAACUGUGCUUCCUAUACAUUCUUUCAAAAGAUUUUAAUAAAUGCAUGAAUCUCUUUUAAGUCACCAUGUGUUUUAUCAGUAAUGUACUCAGUUAAAAUUAUUCAAUCCUAAAUUCAAGCCCGCCGAUGCUCCCAGUUUGCAAUGCAUUCAGGCUUUUUUUGGCAACUGCUCUCCAGAACUUGUUUUAUGUUAAAUUCUAAUUUCCCCAAGUGUUUUUCAAUAACAGUUGCAACAUCUUAUGGAGGAAUCUUAAGGAAUGAGAAUAUAAUAUAAUAAUCCUAUUUCCUCAACAAUCUCUCCUUCUAAUCAUCGUAGGCCUCACUAAAAGCAGGGAAUAUUUAGAAGGGGCUUUUUCGAAUAUUUAAGCAGGAGAGACCUCAGAAACCUGCGCAGUCUGCAAUCAUUUUUAUUCAUGUUUAAACUUAAUUUUUUAUAGGAUACUUAAAUUAUAAGAUUAUUAUUUAUACAUAAAUAUGAUUAUUAUUUAUAUACCCACUCAAUUUAACAUAUUUUUUUUCCAAUUCUAUAUUUUCAAAUCCUUCACUCCUCUGUACACAGGUUUGCAAUAUCUUUGCAACAUUCCAUCUGCUGUAUUUCGUAAAAUUGUAAUCAAAGCUCAGAUCAAGUAAAGAAUGCUUCUUUAUAUAUAUAUAUAUUGGAAUCAUUGAUUGAUUAUCAGUUUUUUUGUCCAAUUCUGUGAUUAUACUUUUUUGUGUAUUGUGACUCUUUAUUCCAUUUUUUUAAAUUCAUAAAUUAUGAUUUCGAAAACUUGAAAAGGUAUUUGAUCAUCAACUUGUGAACCUGCUUUAAAAUUUUGCAACCAUUCAAGUAUCUUGGGGCAAGAUUGCCUCUUUUCUUUUGUUGAACUAAGUCGGUUGCCCUUUGAAUUGUUUAAAUCAUUUUUUUUUUUUAUUAUUUUGAUUAAUACAUAACAUUUUUUACACUCUUAUUCUGUAUUUUUGGAAAUGCAUUAGCAUUACUUGAUGUUCUGUAAUUAAAUUAAAAUACUUAAUAAAGCUUUUGAUUGCA